AUGAGUUCCCCGGAUAUCGGCAAACGAGCCUGGCACCGCACCACCAUUUUCAACAUUUCGAUUGUUGCAGUAUGCGCUUUCAUUGCACCCGGCCUAUGGGCUGCAAUGAACGGAUUAGGAGGAGCAGGCUCAGCAGAUCCUUAUUACGUGAAUGCUGCCAAUGCAGUUAUCUUUUGUCUGCAGUUUGUGGUCUGCAUAUUCGGGAGUUCUCUUAUAGCAAAGAUCGGCCUCAAAUGGGCUUUUUCAGUUGGCAUGAUCGGAUUUCCAAUUUAUGCCUCUAGUGUGUAUUGCAAUAUCAAAUACAACAACACAUGGUACAUUAUGCUUGCUUGUGUGAUUGAUGGCAUCUCGUCAGGCAUAUUUUGGUUGACGGAAGGCGCAAUUGUGCUGGCAUACCCAGAAAAGCAUCGGCGGGGAAAAUACCUGGCUUAUUGGCUUGCUAGUCGCAUAGUGGGACAGAUGAUCGGUGGCGCUGUCACAUUAGGGGUGAAUGCCGAAAAUAAAGAGAAGGGUCAUAUCAGUGUCCAGACCUACCUUGUAUUCAUUGCAAUCCAAGCCAUUGGACCGUUCAUCGCAGCAAUGCUAUCCUCGCCUGAGAAGGUACAACGGUCCGACCGGACCAAAGUCAUUAUUAAUUUACCACAAGGCCUCAAUACUGAGCUUCGGGCUAUGUGGAAACUUUUGGGGAGAAGAGAAUUACUACUUCUCUUACCCAUGAUCUUCCAAAGCGUUUUUUCAGAAGCUUUCUUUUCGACCUACAAUGCGACCUAUUUUACCGUACGAGCACGCGCACUAACGUCUUUGGUGGCUAGCACAUGCGUGAUCCUUGCUAAUUUUCUUUUGGGCUUUUUUCUGGACUGGCGCAAACUGACUCUGAACACACGUGCAGUGGGCGCCUUCGUGAUCAUUUAUGCAUUCGAGCUGUCUCUUUAUAUUUACGCGAUGGUCGUCACCAAAGAAUAUGAGCGACAAGCAACUCCCAGAAUUUUUGAUUGGACCGACGAUGGAUUCGGGCGAGGUGCUUGUGUUUAUAUUUUGAUGCUUGUUGGAUUCAAUCUUAUGUACGACUAUCUAUACUGGCUCAUCGGCACAAUCAACCGUGAUGGUGGUGAUAUUAUCCGACUGAGUGCCGUUGUCCGGGGCGUCGAAAGCUGUGGACAAGCCAUAUCAUACGGCAUUAAUUCAAUUGACACCUUCAAGCUGUCUGGGGCUGUUGCAGUGAAUUUGUCAUUUUUCGCUGUUUGCAUUAUUCCAUCAGCAAUUGUCAUUUUCCGCGUUGGCAUCAUCGACGGAGUCAAAUUACACAACAUCCAACAAGACGAUAUAUUGCAGGUCGGAAUUUCCAAUAAUGAGAUGGGCGCAGAUUCACCCCAGGCUGAUUGCUCCAGUACUUGCGGCUCCACAUGGGGUGAUUCGAAAUGA